AGCGGUGUCAGCGGCGGAGCCGGAUGCGGGCGGCAUCGCGGCGGUCGCGGCCCUGGGGAUGGGCGGAGCCCCAGCCGCUAGUGCUGGUGGCCGCCGCUGCUGCCCCAGCUGGAGCCCGAGCCGCCGCCUCUGCGUCCGCGCGUCGCUGCUUCCCAGGGCGGCGGUAUGCUGGGGAAAGGAGUAGUCGGCGGUGGCGGCGGCACCAAGGCCCCCAAGCCCUCCUUCGUGUCGUACGUACGCCCUGAGGAAAUUCACACAAACGAAAAGGAAGUAACAGAGAAGGAAGUAACUCUUCACUUGUUGCCAGGUGAACAGCUGCUUUGUGAAGCCAGCACAGUACUGAAGUAUGUCCAGGAAGAUUCCUGUCAGCAUGGGGUCUAUGGGAGGCUUGUCUGCACAGACUUCAAGAUUGCCUUCUUGGGUGAUGAUGAAUCUGCAUUGGAUAAUGAUGAAACUCAAUUUAAGAAUAAGGUUAUAGGAGAAAAUGACAUUACACUCCACUGUGUUGAUCAGAUUUAUGGAGUGUUUGAUGAGAAAAAGAAAACUCUCUUUGGACAACUGAAGAAAUACCCUGAGAAGCUCAUCAUCCACUGCAAAGACCUUCGAGUGUUCCAGUUUUGUCUGAGGUACACAAAGGAAGAGGAAGUCAAAAGGAUUGUCAGUGGCAUAAUUCAUCAUACCCAGGCUCCUAAACUGCUUAAACGAUUAUUUCUGUUUUCCUAUGCGACUGCUGCACAAAACAAUACAGUCACCGAUCCCAAGAACCAUACCGUAAUGUUUGACACACUUAAGGACUGGUGUUGGGAACUGGAACGGACCAAAGGCAACAUGAAGUACAAAGCAGUGAGUGUCAACGAAGGCUAUAAAGUCUGUGAGAGCUCUGUGAAGUUAAAGGAUGCUGUUUUUGCCCAUUGUUAUGUCCUCAGUAUAACACAGUGGCUGGCUUCUAAGAGGAGCUCAAUAAACAGGAGAAAGAAGGAAAAGCCCCAUUUGUAUUUAGAGGGGGACCUGCGUCAGUUUGGAUUGCCAGCAUACUUUGUUGUCCCCACCCCUCUUCCUGAAGAGAAUGUGCAGCGCUUUCAGGGUCAUGGCAUACCAAUAUGGUGUUGGUCCUGCCACAAUGGAAGUGCCCUUUUGAAAAUGUCAGCACUGCCCAAAGAACAGGAUGACGGCAUUUUACAAAUCCAAAAGAGCUUCUUAGAUGGAAUUUACAAGACCAUCCACAGGCCACCCUAUGAAGUUGUUAAAACGGAAGACCUGUCAAGCAACUUCCUGUCCCUGCAGGAAAUCCAGACUGCAUACUCUAAAUUUAAACAGCUAUUUCUGAUAGGCUUUCCCUCCCCGCCUCCUUACUGUGGCAGUGAUCACACGGCCACCCUCCUCUUCUCCCCUUCCUCAGCAUACCAGUUGCCCAGUGAUAACAGUACUGAAUUUUGGGACACAGAUAUAAAAUGGUUUUCUCUGUUGGAAAGUAGCAGCUGGCUUGACAUAAUCAGACGUUGCCUGAAAAAAGCAAUAGAGAUUACAGAAUGUAUGGAAGCACAAAACAUGAAUGUUCUUCUUUUAGAGGAGAAUGCAUCCGACCUCUGCUGUCUCAUUUCCUCUCUGGUGCAACUGAUGAUGGACCCCCACUGCAGAACCAGAAUUGGUUUCCAGAGCCUCAUCCAAAAGGAGUGGGUCAUGGGUGGCCACUGUUUCUUGGAUCGCUGCAACCAUCUCCGCCAGAACGACAAAGAGGAGGUUCCUGUGUUCCUGCUUUUCCUAGAUUGUGUCUGGCAGCUGGUGCACCAGCAUCCCCCGGCAUUUGAAUUCACAGAGACUUACCUGACUGUUUUGUCAGAUAGCCUGUAUAUACCUAUUUUUAGCACCUUCUUCUUCAAUUCACCUCAUCAAAAAGAUACUAACAUGGGUAGAGAAGGCCAGGAUACACAAAGCAAGCCUUUGAAUCUGCUCACCGUGUGGGAUUGGUCGGUGCAGUUUGAACCCAAAGCCCAGACAUUGCUCAAAAACCCUCUUUAUGUGGAAAAGCCAAAACUGGACAAAGGCCAACGGAAAGGAAUGCGCUUCAAACUCUGUCUCCAGGCCCAGAAUUUCUCCCCCACAGAGUCCACAAAGGAGAGAGCAGUGAUGCAUCAACGACAACUUUCUUUGCCACUUACACAAUCUAAGUCAUCUCCCAAAAGAGGAUUUUUCAGGGAAGAAACAGAUCAUUUAAUUAAAAACCUUCUGGGCAAGAGAAUUAGCAAACUUAUUAAUUCUUCUGAUGAGCUCCAAGACAACUUUCGAGAGUUCUAUGACAGCUGGCAUAGCAAGUCCACUGACUACCAUGGUUUGUUGUUACCGCAUAUCGAGGGGCCCGAAAUCAAAGUCUGGGCCCAGCGCUACCUACGUUGGAUUCCAGAAGCCCAAAUCCUAGGUGGUGGCCAAGUGGCCACUAUGAGCAAACUCUUGGAAAUGAUGGAGGAAGUCCAGAGUUUACAAGAGAAGAUCGACGAGAGACACCACAGCCAGCAGGCCCCCCAGGCUGAGGGCCCCUGCCUGCUGAGGAACUCUGCCCGCCUCUCGUCUUUGUUUCCUUUCGCUCUGCUCCAGCGACAUUCCUCUAAGCCCGUCUUACCCACCAGUGGCUGGAAAGCUUUGGGAGAUGAAGACGAUUUGGCCAAACGAGAAGAUGAGUUCGUGGACCUAGGGGAUGUGUGACCUGUUUGUUGAGUGAUUGUGAAAGAGGAAUGUGGGAGACUGGGACAGCUGAUCCCUGGAUUUGUGUCACGCUACAGCUAAUGCUGGCUGGGUCCUUAGCCCGGCACUCCGUUAGAAUAAACCUGGGCCUUCGGGAAAAGAGGUGGCUCUCAUUAUUUUUCAUGAUUCUAAAAGACUAUGCAAUUAAAACCGCAUCUGUAGUAUUAUUAAUUGGAAGGAAUUAUUACUUGACCCGUAAUAGGGUUGUGGCUGUUUUCUGAUGCCUAAGUAUUAUACAGAGCCCACAAUGGCCAGUUUACUACCAGAAAGGGCUUCAGUAAGAUAUUCUUGGACUUGAUACUUUCUUCAGAUCCUCUUUGUGCCAAGAUAAUUUAUCCAGUCAUUGGGAAUAGUAAGUUUCUGUGUAACCCAUCUCAAUUAUAGAAGCAAGUUCAGCUUUAUGUAUUUGUAUGGGGAGUUGAAGAUUCAGAUAGAGGUAUUAAGAUGUGUGGCAUUUACUUAAACCAUCACAUUUUUUUCUUUCUACGCCCCCUUGCCUGUAAAACACCUGGGAAGUUCCGCUGGUGUCAUCCAUCCUGAUGCUUCAGACCACCCUCCCUUCUUCACAGACCGUGUCACUUUGCCUGUGGGUGGGGGCUAGCCAGCCACCACCCUCUUUUCUGUGCUGCCAGCCCCAGGUCUUCCUCCGCCUGCUCCACGCCACUCGCCGCUGUCCCUCUGCACUCCCUGCCUUGGUGCGUGUAGUCCCAGUGUCUCACUGCCAAACCUCUUGGUUACGCUGCGGGGAUCUGUUUCUUUGCCUGAGAUCCUUCCUGAGGAGCUUCCGUUCCUCUGGAGUCUCUCCUUGUUUGGAACAAAUCGCUUUGCCUUUUUCUACUUGCCUGCUGAAGCUUUGGAGCACUUGUGAUUGCAGUUUUCUGCCGCAACCCCUGAGCCGAGUUCCUCACAUUCUUUUACCUUUAUGGACUGAUGGGAUUGGGUCACCUUUGAAUGUGGCUUUCAUAGGAAAGCAGCUUAAACAUAAAUAUCAGAAGUGAUGAUUAUCAUAUGAUACCUCAGUGAUUUUAAAAGCCAUAGAAGAAACUUGACUAUGCCUGGUCACCUUCUUGGAUCUGCUGUCUAAAUGAUAUAUAUAUGAGAUAUAUAUAUCAUAUAUAUCUCAUAUAUCAUAUCUCAUAUAUAUGAUACAUAUAUGAUAUAUUUUUUUUUAAUGCAGGAAAGUAUACUUUGUAAGGAGCAGAUUUUUUUGUUCUCAGUGGAACCCUGUCAAAUCGCAUAAAAGAGGAAAAAAACAAAACUCAUUAGAAUGUUUUAAAUUGAAUGUUUGCCUUUUACGUAUAUUUGCUCUUCAGUAUGGAUCCCAAUUUGAAUGUUACAUGUUCGGAAAAACUUUCAGUUGCUCAAGGGCAAUAAGAAAAUUUGAGGCCGGGUGUGGUGGCUCACGCCUGUAAUCCCAGCACUUUGGGAGGCUCAGGUGGGCGAAUUGCUUGAGCCCAGGAGUUCGAGACCACCCUGGGCAGCAUGGCAAAACCCUGUCUCUACUAAAAAUACAAAAAUUAGCUGGGUGUGGUGGUGCAUGCCUGUAGUCCCAGCUACUCGGGAGGCUGAGGUGUGAGGAUCCCGUGAGCCCGGGAGGUGGAGUUUGCAGUGAGCUAAGAUCGUGCCACUGCACUCCGGCCUGGGUGAUGGAGCAAGACCUCAUCUCAAAAAAAGACAAUUGGAAACUAUUGACUAAGAGAAGUUUCUAGGUUUGCACUGAAUUGUCUUUUGUACAUACGGUGAAUUGUUUUGCUGUUCUCCCCACUCCAUAUUAAUGCAGGAGCCAGGUUGGUCUGUUAGGAUGAACAAAGGUUGAGGGGAGGGCAGGAUUCGUGCAUCUGGGGGCCAAACACAUGUUCCGUCUUGAUUGCCUUAAGAGUUACUAGCGAGGUCAGUGUUAGGCUUGCAAUAGGGAUUUUAAGAAUACACUAACUAGUUCCUUAGCUACCUUCACAUACAUUCUAUAGGCCUUCUUAAAUUAGCACUAACCUCCACUUCCUUCUCUGCCCCAUUGCCUCCCAAAUAUGCCAUGGAGCUAUUUUUGUUACCACAUUAUAACGUGAAUAUUUAUACAGUAGCCUCUUCAGGCUUUGUAAUUUUCAUUCCAAAAAUGCCCGGUGUGAUGCUUUACACUCUACAAAGUAUGGUUUAAAGGCACAAGGUCAUGGCCUUUGUCAUAGCAGUUGAAUGUGCAUUGAAAUAUUUUUCUAUGAUUUUUUAAAAUUACAAUAGAAAAAUAAGCUGUUGUAACGUGUAAGGUCAUGACAAUUUUUGUAUUUAUAUUUGAAAUCAGAUUUCUAUAACUUGUAUUCGUGUACAGAAUUCUCAAUGGAUUUAUAUAUUGUGAAAUUUUUAUCCGAGAUUGGGAUGUGGAUUAUGCUUAACAGUGAAAGCUGAAAUGAGACCAUUUACUUUGUUUAAAAUGCUGUACUGUGCAAGUUUGGAAAUGUAAAUUAAUUUACUGUAUAUAAUAUCUUGAGUUUGUUUAUACCUCCAAGUUUUUACACUGAAGAUAAACUAGCUUUAAUUCAAAACUUUUUUUUUCUUUAUAAGGGAAUAAGCUGUUGAGCUAAACCUGUAUACUUGUGCUUUUUAUUUUCUGGAUGCACAAUGACAGUUUAUACUUGUAUCUCACUGCAUCAUAUCUGAUUGCAGAAAUUAAAGCACAAUUUACAAGCAA